GGGGGCUGUAGGGAUGGACCCCCACCCCUCUGGACCGUGGUAUGGCAAAGGGACCCCUUAUGUGGGGCUGUUCUGGGGAUAUGGGGCGGUUCGGUGGCGGUUCGGUGCUCCUGCAGCCCUAUGUCGUGAUUCAGCUGUGUUUUAUCAGGGCUAUCGCAAUAGGGUGAUGGGAGCUGGGGGCUGUGGGACUGGACCCCUGCCCCCCUCCCCCCCCUUUUUGAGACACAGCACUGUGGUGGGAGUUUGGGUCAGGGAUAUCAGUAUCGGUUCAAUGCUCCUGCAGCCCCAUGUUGUGACUCAGCUGUGUUUUAUCGGGACUAUCGCGAUAGGGAGCUGGGGGCUGUGGGGCUGGAUCCCCUCUGCUCCCUCUUUUUGAGACACGGCACUGUGGUGGGAGUUUGGGUUGUGAAUGUUGGUGCCGGUUCUGUGCUCCUGCAGCCCUGUUUCGUGAUUCAGAUGUGUUUUAUCGGGAAUGUCACGAUAGGGGACUAUGGGAUGAGAACUAGGGGGUGUGGGGCUGGACCGCCCUCCCCUCUGGGCCAUGGUACAGCGAUUGGAGUUUGGGUCAGGAAUAUGGGGUGAUUUGGUAUUGGUUCAGUUCUCCUAAAGCCCUGUGUUGUGACUCAGCUGUGUUCUGUCGGGACUAUCGCGAUAGGGUGAUGGGGAGACGGACGCUGUGGAGCUUGACCUCUACUCUGGGCCACGAUGGGAGUUUGGUUCGGGGUUUUGGGGCAGUUUGAUGCCAGUUCUGUGUUCCUGCAGCCCAGUGCUGUGACUCAGCUGUGUUCUGUCAGGGCUGUCGCGAUAGGGUGGGGGUUACUCAGCUGUGUUCUGGCAGGACUGUCGCGAUAGGGUGGGGGUUACUCAGCUGUGUUCUGGCAGGACUGUCGCGAUAGGGUGGGGGUUACCCAGCUGUGUUCUGGCAGGACUGUCGCGACAGGGUGGGGGUUACUCAGCUGUGUUCUGGCAGGACUGUCGCGAUAGGGUGGGGGUUACUCAGCUGUGUUCUGGCAGGACUGUCGCGACAGGGUGGCCCCAUGGUCUGGCUAGGGAUAUCCUUUGGUUCCAUACUGGUUCUGGCUUUGUCCCAUGUAGUUGUUAACUGUUCCAGGUUGCUUCCAGCUGUGUCCCAAUUUCCAUCUGUGUGUUCCGUAUGGUUUCCAGCUGUGUUCCAGGAAACACGCCCUGAACUGCCACAGGAUGAAGCCUGCUCUGUUCAGCGUGCUCUGCGAGAUCAAGGAGAAAACAGUGUUAAGUAUUCGUGGUAUUCAGGAAGAAGACCCCCCCGAUGCCCAACUAAUGAGACUAGAUAACAUGUUGCUGGCGGAGGGCGUCUCCGGCCCCGAGAAAAGAGGAAGAGGAGCACCGAUGGCUGUAGCAGCAACACCAGGUGGCUGUCCAAAUGACAAUAGCAUUGAGCACUCUGACUACAGGGCCAAGCUGUCACAGAUCCGACAGAUUUACCACUCUGAGCUAGAGAAAUAUGAACAGGCCUGCAGCGAGUUCACCACCCACGUCAUGAACCUGCUCAGGGAACAGAGCCGGACCAGACCCAUUUCUCCCAAAGAAAUCGAACGGAUGGUGAACAUCAUCCACGGCAAAUUCAGCACCAUCCAGAUGCAGCUGAAGCAGAGCACGUGCGAGGCGGUGAUGAUCCUCCGCUCGCGCUUCCUCGAUGCAAGACGUAAGCGGCGUAACUUCAGCAAGCAGGCAACAGAAGUGCUGAAUGAGUAUUUCUAUUCGCACCUGAGCAAUCCUUACCCCAGCGAAGAGGCCAAAGAGGAGCUGGCAAAGAAGGGUGGCAUCACCGUUUCGCAGGUUUCCAACUGGUUUGGUAACAAAAGGAUUCGGUACAAGAAGAACAUGGGGAAGUUCCAAGAAGAAGCCAACAUUUAUGCUGCGAAAACGGCAGUGGAUGCAACCAAUGUCGUGGCUCAGGGCAACCGGGCAAACUCCCCAUCGACACCAAAUUCGGCUUCCUCUGGCUCUUUUAAGAUGACCAAUUCCGGAGAUUCCUUCAUAAAUUUGCAGUCGUUGACCUCCUACCAGAGCUCCCCGGUGGGAGGCAAUGUGCAGUCACAGAUGGAUUCCUUGCACCAUGUCAUACACCAGGCAGGAAGAUACGACACCAUUGUGGGGAAUCCUUUGUACACGACGCAGCGCAUCGACGCGAAUGGCAGCUGGCAGGACGCGACCACCCCUUCAUCCAUCACCUCACCCGCCGGAGAUCCCGGCAGCGUUAAUUCCGACGCGUCCAAUUAAGUCGUUAGGACCCUACCGAUGAGAGGAAAGAGGUCAUUAGUGUAAUUUGUCAGUGUUGCUCUUUUCGCCAAUACUCUUAACGUGACACACAGCUAAUUACCUCAGCCAAACCCUGGAACCAAUAGAAGAUUGUGAUGAUGAUUACGACACCUCUCUACCUCUCAGCUGAGUUCUUUUUACUUAUUAUGGGAUGUGAAAUUGUUCUCGAAGAACUUGCUUCCUUCUUCCUAACCAAAUUUGGGGUUGGUUUUCUUUUUCUUUCUUUUUUUUUUUUUUUUUUUGUUUUUAAUAUCAAUUUUAUGGUAAGAAACUCAGUGUCUCUUCUAGAAGAAAACCAGGAAAAAAAAAAAAAAAAGGACUUAUUUUAAUUUCCACAAAGUUUUUUAUGACGAGAUUUGCGUUUGAGCUGAUAGAUGCUAACGAUUAACCCCUCGUAUUGUAACUGUAGGCGUUUAAACCCUCGCUGUUGUAAUUUUGUAGAGGAAAAUCAGCUUUUCUUACCCACGCUGAGCUCAUUGAGCAGAACGCGGCUUAAACCUCCUCCCCUCUCCCCCCUCCCCCCCCCCCCGUUUUUUGUGCAUUCCCACCGCUGUUAACACGUAAAGCCCUCCUCUUU